AUGGAAAGGAACAAUUGGAGAAAACGAAUAAAGUCCUUCGUGACAAAAGUCUACUCCAAGUCCCAACCCAACAUGAUAUUCUCCGUCAUAGGGGACUCCGACAAUCUGAUUCCAAAGCCUUGGCCCAAGUCAAGAUUCCAGCAAUCUUUGACUUAUGCUGCAAAGGCCGCAGGGAAUUGUCUAAUACUCAGCAAGGGGGAGCCACUAAAGGUCUCUAAAAUAGUCCGUGAGAUGAUGGAGGAAUACAUCUACCUAGAGAAGCCGGCCCGUCCGAACCUCCGACUGAUCUCCGUCCCCUCUAAGCCUGUGGAGGACACGGGUCUCUACUUUGAUCUACCAGAGGUCCUAGAAUUUGAUGAAAACCAGAGCAAUAAUAAUGAAAGCCGAGGCAAGGGCAAGGACAAAGACGAGGAAGCCGAGAUCUAUGCAGACGACAGUUUCUUUUGCAAGCUCCCCGCUCGUACCGCGGAUGAAGACUAUAUUGAUUUUAGGGCUGAGCUCGAGAGGACUUUAGAGAGACCGACGGACGAAGAAAGGAAUGCCUUACUAUUAAUUCUGGUGGAAGGCGACUUGUCGGCUGUGGACCACAUCAAGCUAGCCACUGAGAGUGGAAUUCCUGUCGUGUUUAUGAAAGGAACAGGCGGGCUGGCAGAUCUCAUGUCCAUUGCUAUGGAGGACAGUGAGGUGGAAAUAAGAACACUGCUUCCUGUUCUGUUUGGUAUUGAGCUGGACGACACUGAGCAUGAAAUUGAGACACUGGAGGAAUGUCUGAAAACUAUUUUGGAAAGAUCUUACUUAAUUGAUACUUUUGACCUUGUUGAAAAAAAUGAAGAACAGUUCGCGGCACUUGUUGGUGAAUUGGUGCAAAAAUCCAGGUUAUUAGAAAACAAGGACUCCUCGAAGAAACACGCCUUAG